UCGUCUUCGUCAAAGUUCCGAAUCUGAAUCCCAAAGGUUGGCUAAUUUUCUCUCUUCCCGGCGGCCAGAGUCCGAAUCUUUUCUUCUUCAACGCAUCGACGACAUAACACUAGGAUUCUCUCCCUCGGUCGUGAUUUGCGCGAAGAAAGAGGAGAUACGAUGAUUCGACUUAAGCUUUACGCGGGUCUCAGUUUGGUUGCAACCUUGGCUGUGGUUUACCAUGCUUUUAGCAGCAGAGGUCAAUUUUACCCGGCGAUGGUGUAUUUGUCGACGUCUAAGAUAAGCUUGGUACUUCUUCUCAACAUGUGUCUGGUCAUCAUGUUCAGUCUCUGGCAAUUGGUCAAAUGCGUGUUUCUGGGUCCCCUUAGAGAAGCCGAGAUCGAGAGGCUGAAUGAGCAAGCUUGGAGAGAGCUCAUGGAGAUACUCUUUGCCAUCACCAUUUUCAGACAGGACUUCUCUGUUGUUUUCCUCACCAUGGUCGUCACUCUUUUGUUGAUCAAGGCUUUGCAUUGGAUGGCUCAGAAAAGAAUGGAGUACAUCGAGACUACUCCUUCUGUACCUAUGCUGUCACAUGUUCGCAUAGUCUCUUUCUUGGGUUUCCUCCUCCUCCUAGAUGGCCUCUUUAUGUACAGUUCUAUAAGGCACUUAAUUCAAACACGGCAGGCUUCGGUUUCUCUGUUCUUCUCAUUUGAGUAUAUGAUACUGGCAACAACAACUAUUUCGAUUAUGGUAAAGUAUGUUUUUUAUGUCAGCGAUAUGAUUAUGGAAGGUCAAUGGGAAAAAAAGCCAGUGUAUACGUUCUAUCUGGAGCUUAUUCGCGACCUGCUUCACUUGUCUAUGUAUAUCUGCUUCUUCCUUGUGAUAUUCAUGAACUAUGGUGUUCCCUUGCACUUGAUACGGGAGCUCUACGAAACGUUUAGAAAUUUCAAGAUUCGUGUUGCUGAUUACCUCCGCUAUCGUAAAAUCACUUCCAACAUGAAUGAUAGGUUUCCUGAUGCAACCCCUGAAGAACUCAAUGCUAAUGAUGCUACCUGUAUCAUAUGCCGUGAAGAAAUGACCACUGCUAAGAAACUUAUAUGCGGGCAUCUGUUUCAUGUCCAUUGCCUACGGUCAUGGUUGGAGCGGCAGCAUACAUGCCCUACAUGCAGAGCAUUGGUUGUACCUCCUGAAAAUGGCACAUCAGCAGCCACUGGCCAACGUGGAUCACACCAAGAUUCUCCUCAGCAGGGUGCUUCAAGUUCGGGUAGUCAGUCGUCUUCUGUUACUGCUUCCAGUGAUAGUUUGAGCAGGCACCAAGCCAGGCUUCAAGCUGCUGCCACUGCAGCCUCCAUAUAUGGAAAAUCCUUUGUUUAUCCAUCUGCAAACACACUAAUGUGGUCUCCGGGUUAUUCCUUGGUUCCUCAAACUGGUUUACCUGGUUCCUCAGAAGGUGCAGAGCAGCAAGUGUCUUUCCAGUCUUUUCCUCAUGGGUUUCUGCCAUUUCAGCUGCCUGGGUAUGUGGCUCCCGGAGAAAAUUCAGAUGCGAAUCCAGAGAUUUCAGAGGCUCAGCUGGAAGCUCAGAGAAAAUUCCUUCAAUCCCAGAUUGAGGUGUUACAACACAGACUUCGACUUCUUGAGAAGUCCGAAUCCGCAGAUUCCCGAGUAGGAAUCGAUAAAGAUGCAAAAGGAAAGUCGGUCAUGGAGACGGAUGAGUGAGAGUAGCAGGUAGGGAAUGUGGUGGAUUUGGAGAAGAGUGAACGGCCGAAGAAAAAGAAAUAGGAUGUGUAAAUGGUACUUACUACUUAGUGAGAAAGUUCUGAAGUGAGGCAUGAAAAAAAAUGAUUUUGAAAGUGUAAAUGUUGUUGCACUGUUCUCAGAGGUUGAAGCUUAAGUUACCACAAUGAAAGUGAUUUAACCAGUA